AUGCCAAUUGGAUUGGACCCCUCCACUCAGGCGCCACAUCAUGGUCGUUCAAAAUCCUCAACUUUUCGUCGGGCAGCCUCCGACACUCACCCACGAGCAUCCACCGUGCUGUUUAAGAACCCUGCUAGCCAAGCGAGUACCAUCAAAUUGCUCGCUCUUCUUGCGACUUCCCCUCGAUUGGCGUGUCGUCUUUACGAUGUUGGUGCCUUUGCUUUUGCCUGUCGUGUCGUAAGCUCUGGCCUCUGUAGCUGUAGUGCUAUUAGCAGCUCGAACACCGAUAUAACUGGUGUUAAUUUUGAAAGAAAUACGCUUUCACCUGCAUCCCAUCAGACAUCAUAUCCCCUUCUGCAUCCAACCGCAUCUUGUCAAACAGCGGCUAAUCCUACAAAAAGAACGCACUUCGCCUUCGGCUUCUAA